GCCCCUCGCGCCGGCCCCGCCGCCCGGGCGCAGUCACCCCGCUCUGCGGCCACCGGCUCCAGGAACGGCACCGGGCGGGGCGCGCGACGGUCCCCGCCAUGUCUGCAGCCAUGAGGCAGAGGUUCGACCAGUUCCUUCACCAGAAGAACUGCAUGACUGAUCUCCUGGCCAAGAUCGAGGCCAAGACCGGCGUGAACCGGAGCUUUAUCGCGCUCGGUGUUAUCGGGCUGCUGGCUUUGUACCUGGUGUUCGGUUAUGGAGCCUCUCUCCUCUGCAACCUGAUAGGAUUUGGUUACCCAGCCUACGUCUCAAUUAAAGCCAUAGAAAGCCCCAACAAAGAAGAUGAUACCCAGUGGCUGACCUACUGGGUGGUAUAUGGUGUGUUCAGCAUUGUCGAAUUCUUCUCCGACCUCUUCCUGUCCUGGUUCCCCUUCUACUACAUGCUGAAGUGCGGCUUCCUGCUGUGGUGCAUGGCUCCCAGCCCUGCCAACGGGGCAGACCUGCUCUACAAGCGCGUCAUCCGGCCCUUCUUCCUGAAGCACGAGUCCCAAGUGGACAGUGUGGUGAGUGACCUGAAGGACAGAGCCAAAGAGACUGCAGACGCCAUCUCUAAGGAAGCCAAGAAAGCUGCCGUGAAUUUACUGGGUGAGGAAAAGAAGAGCACCUAAGCCACUGACUGGAUGAAACCUUUCUGGCCUCUCGGUACCUUCCUAUUAGAGCUUGACAUUAUAUUAGGAACUGUGGUAUAUAGUCAUUUUAAUAAUGUUGCCUUGGAAACAUUUUUGAUAUAUUAAAAAAAGGAAUGUGUUGUAAGGUUUUUUGCUUACUUUUACUGUUUAUAUACUUAGGGAGCAUUUACAUUUAAUGCAAUCGGCAGUGUCCAAGUUUUCAGAAAAUAUAUUAUGCCUCUGGGUAGGAAAAGACCUAUGUUACCAUACUGUAGGAAAUAUAAACUUAAAAUUAUAUACCCCACAGGCUUUGUACUUGAGUGGGCUCUCUCUGCAUGCAUUUUCUCUGUACUUACAUUUUAGGAUACUCUUUAAGAGUAAAUGUUUAAAUGUUUUUAACGUAUCUGUGCAUACACACAUGUAGGGAAACAUUACUGUCUGUAGCCUGCAUAUUGCUCACGGGGAGCACCAGCCAAAGGCUGAGGGUUCCAUAGUGUUGGUGUGAUCUGCUGAAUAAUACUUGAGAAAAUUAAUACAAAUGAGCAGUGUUUCAAAGGAACAGUUAAGUGAUAAAUGAGGCAGAAGAGAGGUUGGCCUGGUGGUUUCCUAACAUUGUAGCAGCUGAAUACCAGAACAACUUUGUAAAGCAGUCAGCUAAGUGAUAAAUGGGGAAAGGUACACACACAGCACAGUUCCCAAUUCUGUAGAACUAGUAAUAUUGUCUUGUAGCUUUUUAAAAAAACUGGCUGAUAAGCAUUGUUAUGGAACUCAUCCCUAGUUUCACUUUCAUAGCUGAGUGACAUGUUGGUUUAGUCUUGUUUCUUUUCCAGUCUUUUUAAAAACUUCUACUUUAAGGAACCUCUAGAGACUUGCCCACCUCUAAUUACAUGUACAUUCUUGUUUAUAUCAUUAGCAACUACAUGCUAAUGGUGACACCAGGCUCUAAGAGCAAUUCUCAGAGAAGUACGAUAUACUGCACAGUCUAGUUGGUAGUGGUUAAGACAAACACCUUUACCUUCUUGCCCUGGACUUUAAGGUCAAACAACAGAGGCUUCCCUAGUUCACAAGUCAGAAUCGUUCGUAGUCCAUUUACAUGCUUUCAUCUAUGUGCUUUGUUUUGAUGAUAAACUAUGAGGUUAUAUGCAGUUUAAGUACAAAAUAAAAAGCUAAAAUUAAUGUUACUAGUUUGAUUAGCCAAGUGGCUUAUAAGGACCUUGACAACUUCUCCAUACUAGAGAAUCUAAGCUUUGCACUGACAUACUGCUAGGAUCCUUCUUAGACUAAAUUGACUAAAACAAAAGCAUUACAAAACUAACAACCAGGCCUAUAAAAUAUUUUAAGGCAAAUAAAGAUGAUUAGUUCCCUUUUAGAUAACAAUUAGGUAAAGUCAUAAUGAUGUGUCACAAUGUUAAAAAAAAACGUCAGAGGUAUCAAAAAUAAGGAACAAUAUCACCCCAAUAUAACCAUAUGGAUCAGGGCCUUUUUGGGGAGAGAGGAAUGUGAUGAUGAUAAAGCACCUUAUUAAGCAUAAAAACUUUCAGAAAGCAAACAGCUACUUGUUAUUGGAAGAAAAUCAAGCCUUAGGUUAAAAAGUUUUAGAAGUACCUCUAGGAGUAUUUAGAUCCCUUUCCCUAUAAAUCAAGUAUGCUUUUCUUGGUGGUAAAAGAAUGAAAAUUAGCAACUUCUAGCAUUCAGACUAUAUAAUCAGACUGUUAGUAUACAGAAUAUGUAACUUUUAGUAUACAAAAUAUCAGGCAAGAUGGUGAAGCAUGAAAGUUACUAUUGCUUAUAACUACUUACAGGCUAAUAUCAGUUUAGACAGAAAUUUCUGAAUGCAGAUUUUUUUUUUUUUUUUUAUUACUAUAGGUUUAUCUUGCAGUACAUUCUGUAAGAAGUUUUAGUUACGCUUUUUGGCAGUCAGCAUGUACAUAUUAAUGACAGGAGAAGCUAUGAGCUGAGCAAUUCUUGUCUCAGUUUAGAUUUCCCAAAAAACAUACUGCUGUGGCUAGAGUGUUUGAAAAACUGAUUGAGCCUGUGUUCAGCUGUAAGACAAGUAUUUAUUUGUACCUGAAUGGUAUUUUGGGGACAUGUGAAGGCAAAGAAUUCCUACAAGACAGUUACUGCUGCCCUGGGGAGUCUUCUACCCACAGCCUGAAGAAUAUGAGCAUAACCUUUAGAUAAGUUACCACCUAUCCUGAAGAUGUGAUAUAUUAAAUGGAAAUAGAUGUAAAUAAAAUUUUGUUAUCUCAUUGAGCUUUUAUAGUUCAUUUUCUUUUAUGGGGCUUAAAAGAAAAUGUAAGAAAAAUCUUAAUACAGAUGAAUAAACCUUUAACACUGCU